GUGUCAACACUGCAGGUCAUCCUAGUACAUGAAGGUGGUACUUGUGGUGCCAAUACUGCAGGUCGUCCUGGUACAAGAAUGUGGCACUUGUAUGUCAAUACUGCUGGUCAUCCUGGUACAAGAAAGUGGCACUUGUGUGUCAGUACUGCAGGUCAACCUGGUAGAAGAAGGUGGCACUUGUAGUGUCAAUACUGCAGGCCAUCCUGGUACAAGGUGAUGGCACUUGUAGUACCAACAUCUGUAUCAAAAGAACUCCUGUAAGCUCUAUAAAUAUUACUGUGUUUAUACAGUGACAACACUGAUUAUGAUGUUUAUACAGUGACAACACUAACUACAGUGUAAUUCAGUCAAACACUAACUACGAUGUUAAUAGUGACAAGUGACAACACUGUGAAGACAGUUUUGGUAAUACAUCACUUACAGUGUCAACAACAUUGUCAUAAGGUUAAUGUGUCAUAAAUAUCUGGUAGUGUCAUCCUUCCUACUCCUCAGAUACUCUAUUACCCUUAUAUGUUUAGUGCUUGCUAUAUUUAUAAUAAAAUAAUACAGAAAUAUUAGUUUUCUGUGUAAUAAAAUAUUCUCAAAUUUUCUCUGGCUAAACAGUUUAAAUAUGUGAGAACUUAUUGUUCAAUAUGUCUAAAAUACCUGAAAAACAAUGUGUUGAAGCAACACAAUGUACAGUUGUUCAUGGAGACAAAUUAGAUCAACAUUCGCACUCAGUCAAAAAAUCUUCACAACAACCUCAGUCUGGAUAUCUGACCAAAUUUAUUAUAGACAAAAAGACACUUCAAUGUUCAGUGUGUCUAAAAGAGUUUUCUGAAAAAUGUUAUUUAGUAAGACACAUGAGAACUCAUACUGGAGAGAAGCCAUAUCACUGUUCAGAAUGUCUGAAAGACUUUAAUAUAAAAUCAAAUUUAAUAAGUCACAUGAGAACUCAUACUAGAGAGAAGCCAUAUCAAUGUUCAGAAUGUCUAAAAGACUUCUCCAGGAAAAAUAAUUUAGAAAGACACACAAUAACUCAUACUGGAGAGAAGCCAUAUCAGUGUUCAGAAUGUCUUCAAGACUUUUCUAGAAAAUCAUAUUUAAUAAGUCACAUGAGAACUCAUACUGGAGAGAAGCCAUAUCAGUGUUCAGAAUGUCUUCAAGACUUUUCUAGAAAAUCAUAUUUAAUAAGUCACAUGAGAACUCAUACUGGAGAGAAGCCAUAUCAGUGUUCAGAAUGUCUUAAAGACUUUUCUAGAAAAUCAUAUUUAGUAAGUCACAUGAGAACUCAUACUGGAGAGAAGCCAUAUCGGUGUUCAGAAUGUCUGAAAGACUUUUCCAGCAAACAAGAUUUAGAAAGACACAUAAGAACUCAUACUGGAGAUAAGCCAUAUCAGUGUUCAAAGUGUCUGAAAGACUUUUCCAGAAAAUCAAGAUUAGUAAGACAUGUGAGAAUUCAUACAGGAAGGAAGCCAUAUCAGUGCUCAGAGUGUCUGAGAGACUUUUCUCGAAAUUCACAUUUAGUAAGGCACAUGAAAAUUCACACUGGAGAGAAGCCAUAUCAGUGUUCACAAUGUCUGAAAGACUUUUCUAAGAAAAUCACAUUUAGUAAAACACAUGAGAACUCAUACUGGGGAGAGGCUGUAUUAGUGUUCAUAAUGCCUGUGAGACUUUCUAAAAGAUUACAUUUAGAGAGUCACAUGAAAAGUCAUACUAGAAAGAAAGCUUUGCCAGAAGUGGUGUCAAGUGUCAUAAACUAAUAUUUCUUCCU